CGGCCGCUCCCCGGGGCGGCCGCUCCGCCGGUGGGCUGGCCCCGGUGCCCGCCCCGCCCCGCCCGGUAGCCUAGAAAAGCGGGGCCGGGCUGCGGGGGCUGCUCGGCGGCAGGCAGGGCUCCCCGGCACCCCCUCCAUCCCGGCCCACCAUGAAGAACCCGGUGCCGCAGGCGGCCUCGCUGCUGCUGGAGAAGCUGCUGCUCCUCGUCCACGUCCGCCCCGUCUCCGCCGGCUCCGGGGGGGAAACGCCGCCGGCCCCCGGUUACUACGACACCAGCUGCUUCAAGCGGGGGGACCUGCUGGAGGUGCCCCGCACCCUCUUCAUCCACUUCGGCAUCUACCUGGGCGAGAACCGCGUCGCCCACCUCAUCCCCGACAUCCUGCCCGCCGUCACCGGCGACCGCCGGCAGAUCCAGCAAGUGGUGACCAACAAGCGGCUCAUCCUGGGCGUCAUCACCAAAAUGGCCAGCAUCCGGGUGGACACGGUGGAGGACUUCGCCUACGGCGGCAGCAUCCUGGUCAACCACAUGGACCGGCUCUUCGAGGACCAAGUGCUGGGCAGCGAGGAGGCGGCGCGGCGGGCGGAGAAGCUGGUGGGCGCCACGGCCUACAGCCUGCUCUGGAACAACUGCGAGCACUUCGUCACCUACUGCCGGUACGGAGCCCCCGUCAGCUUCCAGACCGACAAGUUCUGUGAGACCGUGAAGAUGAUCAUCCGGGACCAGAGGAGCGUCCUCGCUUCGGUGCUCGUGGGAUUAGCAUCCAUAGUCUGCCUCGGGUUGGCACCCUCCACCACGCUCCCCACCAUCUUCAUCCCCUUCUUCCUCUGGAUGGCCGGCUAACGGCCCCCCCGGCAGCCAGCCCCUGUAUAUAGGAUGUACACUACUCUAUUUAUGAAAGCACAAGAGUAUUCGCCGGCGCCUCGUAAAGUUUCUUAACCUUGUGUGCCGUUUUUAAACACAGCUUGGUCUAGAAUACAGUGCACGAGGCAUAGCUUACUGUGUAAGCCAAAUAAUAGGUUUCCUGAAAAUCUCAGUUGGUACUACAUUUUAACACACCUUUAAAUCAUAAAAAAAAAAGUAGGGUUGCGAUGCAGUUCUGCUCCUUGCCUUUAACCAUAUGUGAUUCUGGUUAUAUCCUUCAUCAUCUUCAACUUCUUAACUGCAUACCUGGGUGCCGUGACCAUUAAUAAAAAUGGAUGAUGGAGUUCCACAAAGUGCUGGAUAUUGAAGACAAACUACUUACCUCUCACUUUGAUAGAUUUAGCGUAUAUUCAGAAGUUACUGCCUCCAUUCCUAAAAUACUAUUUAGUGGAGAUACACAAGUAAGUAAGCUGACUCUUUUUUUGAAAGCAAAGAAUUAAAACUAGCCCUAGGCUGGGUGCUGCAGGAGCACAUCUGGCUGGAUUGGCUACAGUCAUUUCCCUUCUGGGAAAUGGUGACAGAUCUCUCAUUCGUAUUAAUUAUGUCAACGUUUGCUAUCGUAUUGAACAAUUUUUUAAUUGGGUUAGUGGUAAGGAAAGACAGCAAUUCCUCAGUAUUUUCCUUGCUACUGAUAGUGGUUGGUACAGCUAAUAUAAACGACUACAGAGGGUUUUAGGGGUUACAGGAAGAAACCAGCUUGCUUUAUAACAAAUAGCAACAUACAAAUGUUGGAAAUUUCCAGCGUUCCAGGGCACAUGGUGGGGAGGAGUAGGGCAGCUGCCAGUUUAGUUCCUACCUUUCCUCAGCGAUGGGACCCCUGUGGGAUUGUUGGAGCAGUUUCUGUGGUGGCUAUAUUGUCAUUUUGGAUAUUGCCUUAAGACAAGAUGCCUCUUAGUGGAAGAGCACAUCUUUCUAUACUUGUCUCUUGCAAAUAAGUAUUCACUUGCAAGCCAGCAGUUGGUGCUAAAAGUGUCAUCUUCAAUGUUGAAGCCUUUCUCUUUAUCAAGAAUGUGUAAAGUUGGAUUUGAAAUCAAGUGCAUGUAGCCAAUUGUUUGAGUGCUAAAAACCUUUGCUAUUUUUUUUUCUCACCAAUGUCUUGAUGUAUGCAGAGAAAUUGCUUGGCUCCUGGAAUGCCUUGCAUGUGACACACGCAUUUAUGUGUUCACAUGCUACGCCUGCCUUCCUUUCUAGUCGAAGGCAAAUACGAUGGGGUGGUUUCACCAAGGACUGAGACUCAGAUUUGCUUCUUUCUAGGAAUAAUGUUCAGUAUCCUGUCACCAGCUCCGCUACUGAAGCGGCCACUUUCCCCAUUUUUUAGAGAGGCUCAAUUUUAACUGUGCUGUAAACCCCCUUCUCCUUCCCCUAGACCUUACAGCUGCUUGAAGAUUGGAUUCUUGAACUGUGAGGCUACUUGGCUGCUCUCUAAUCAUCUUUCCUCUGGCUGCUCCACUAUAACCGACGAAGAAUGUAAAGACUGGGGUGAAAUUCCAGGCUCGUAGGAAACAGCAGCACGGCUGCCGCCAUCAGCCGAGAGGGGAUUUCAGCCCAGCUUUCAGUACACGUUCAGUCUGCAGCCCAGCUCCAAGCAGCUGGAUAUCAAUCCCCAUUGGAUCCUUGCGAACAACUUCUGUUCUGCUUUCAAAGAUGGAAACGCUCAGUGUAACUGUUUCUCAUAAACUUUUAAAAUUAAGGUGUUUUUUAAUUAACAUGAAUUGCUUUUUCAUAGUGUAUGCAUUAAUAAUAUUUACAUAAA